AUGGCGCCACCAGGCCUGCGCCGGCCCCCGCCAAUGGCGCCACCAGGCCCGCGCCGCCUUUCUCUCUUGCCGCCACCGCUGCCGCAGUACCUCCACAACCAGCACCUGCCGCCCCCCGCCGGCACGCGGAAGCCGGCGCGGUACCGCCAGCAGCAGCACCGCCGUGGCGGCGGGUGCUCGUGCCGCCACGUGUGCUGCCUCGCCGCGGGGUUCGCCCUCCUCGCGCUCUGCCUGGCCCUCGCCGCGGCGUGCCUCGCGUACCUCUACUACCGCCCGCGCUCGCCGUCGUUCCACCUGCAGCCGCUGGCCCCCGUGCGGCUCCGCCUCGGCAACUCCUCGGCGGCGCCCGCCCUGGACGCCACCGUGGGCACCCGCGCCGUGUCGUGGAAACCCAAUGAGCGCGUCGCGUUCCGAUACGGCGGCGGCGAGGGCGUCGCCGCCGUGGCGUUCGUGGCCACCGCCAGGGGCGUGGUCGUCGACGAGGCCGUCGCGGCGCGUGUGCGCGACCGGUACUGGAGGCGGCAGCAGGCGUUCAGGGUGGUGGUGGACACCUACGUCCGCGUCCGCGUUGGGGCGCUGCGCACUGGCAUGGUGCCGGUCCGGUUGGUGGGGCACAAGAGGGAAGGGCGGCGGCGGCGGAGCAAGAGAGGAAGGUGA